UGAUUUCAACAUAUUGUGAUGUUGCAGGUUAUUUUGGCAGCCAAUGAAUUGCCUUCUAUCAAUGAUGUAACAUAUACAGAAUUGUUUGAUAUUUUAUCACAGUUGAAGGAUGAAAAUGGACAGCUCAUGGGUGUCGAUACUUCUAAACUCUUGAUCGCCAAUUCUGGCAAUGAUUUGCCGGUCAUUGAUCUUAGAAGCGUGUCACAAGAAUUUGCUUAUGUAGCAACUGAUGCUGACCUAGUUAUUCUGGAAGGAAUGGGGCGUGGAAUAGAGACAAAUCUGUAUGCUCAAUUCAAGUGUGACUCCAUCAAGAUAGGAAUGGUAAAGCAUCCAGAAGUUGCCCAGUUUCUAGGAGGAAGGCUUUACGAUUGUGUCUUCAAAUACAAUGAGGUCUCUGAUUGAUGUAAAUCUUUGAUGCCCACAAAAAGGAUCACCUUUUACUCUCUUUAAAGUAUCACAGAUGUACAAUAUCAGGACCUGGUGACGUGCUGGUUUUCCUGUACAGCAUUUUAUUGGUAUUUCCUUGAGUAUUCUGCAUUAAACCUGAGCCUAAUUCGCUCAUGUAGAAUGCCAUUUUGACAGGCCAUUCCGUAGUCUUAUUUACACACGUAUUGGUAUGCUAAUGCUCUAGCUGUGGAACGGAAAUACUUUCCAUUCUUUUAUUGUACUCGAAAAUAGUAAUACUAAUGUGAGAACCAACAAGAUAUCUGAAUAAAUGUUUUGAAUUUCCUUAUUU